AUGACAACCGAAUCAUUCACUAAUGCAUCACGCGCGCUGCUCCCUCGCCGCCGCGGCCGCCAGGGGGCAGUGCGCGACGAGCCCUGUACUGAUCGUGAACGUGUUCCUGGUAGCUUCCAGACACAGUCCAAACAGAGGGGUAUCGUAGAUCCAAUGCUCUCCAUUUGGGGCCAACAACUCAUUGUAAACGAGGACACGGACCAAAUAGCGAAGACGUUCUGCUUCAGCAACCGUGGGCACGGUUUAUAUUUAGCGUCAGCUACUGAGAUACAGAAGUUCACCAUCGACGCCGAGUUUUGUCAACAACUGACCGAGAUGAUGGGAGAGUUGUUCCUGCCGCGAGACAUGCCCGAGCCGCCUAAAGAGAGUUUCUUCCGAGGACUUUUUGGGGGUGGAGUGAGGCCACUAGAUCGGGAGGAAUUAUUCGGCGAAAGCAGCGGUAAACCUAACCGGACCGUAGCGAAGCACAUUCCCGGUGCAGAAGGGUUACAAGCGAGGGCCUCUUCCGCCACCAGCGAGGUGGCACGUGCGCAUCAGCUCGUCGUGGAGCGCGGUGACAAACUGUCGCAGCUGGAGGAGAAGACGGAGCGGAUGCACACCGAAGCGGCACAGUUCUCCUCCUCUGCGCACCAACUCAUGCUCAAAUACAAGGACAAAAAGUGGUAUCAGCUGUGA